AUGGUGCCUUCCUCAUCGAUGCGGACCUCUCUGUCCAAUUCAUCUUCUCCUUCACUUAUGUCAACUAAAUCUGCAUUGCCGCCUCUCCUUCCGUCUCCUCCAACUAAGCCUCUGCCACCAGUGGAUGAACCGGAUGGCGAUGUUUCCUCCUCUGUUGUCGCCGAACCUGUUCCACCGGAUCUUCCGUCGGAUGAUUCUCCAACUUUGAAUCAUUUGUCAUUACAAGCUUAUCAUGGCACUUCUGGCAAAUGUACUAUCUACUUUUCUGGGUCGAUUGCAGGCACCACCGUGCGCAUUCUUCUCGAUGGUGGCAGUUCUGACAACUUAAUUCAGAUGGAGAAGAUUCCAAAAAGGAAAUCUCAAUCCAAUCGCUGGGUGAAUAACGAGUGGGACCGGUUGGAUCCAACUGCGACCCAUAUUGAUAAAUGUUCAGCUGAUGCUUCAGAAAAAAAUUAG